AUGACGAUAAUCGGUCCUCCUCAAACCUUUGCUACCUACCUGGACGUACCUUCUCUGGUCCUGACGAUGCCUACUCCCGAAAUUCCUUCUCAGCCUUCCUUCAACUCCGGCGGCUACCUCGAUUCCCACUAUCGCUGUCAAGUUGCUGCGGAGCCUUUUCGUCCGACCUUUCUCACUGGACGAGAUGCAGACAGUUCUAGGACACCUUCAGAUUGCUUGGCCGACCGACUAUUAGACGAUGCCUCGAAUAGGAACUACGACGCUGGUUCUCUGUUCCCGGAACUGGCCCCCUCUGGCUCCCCUCCGAAGCUUACUUUCAUAGAGUUAACUCUCGUACAUCAACAGUCGUGGGCCCGCAGGCAACUCUAUCGAUUCACAACCUCCUGGCGGAAAUUGACUUCCCUCUUACAUCUUGCGGAACCCUGA